AAUACCCACGUUUAUAACCAAACUAAGUACCAUCCCAAUUUUUAAUUUUCCUUCGCGAAUUGAGCUCAUCAAUAUUUUGCCGAGAAAAAAUACACAGCAUGCAGAGUUUAUGAUACAUGUACAAGUUACAUUUUGUGAUCUUCGUAAAUUAAUAUUUAGUUCUUGAAAAAGUGCAUGCUGGGGUUUUUUAAGGUGAGUUUGGAUUACCAAACACAAGUCAGACGCUAAGGCUUGAAAUUUAGGAUAGUUUGGGCUACCUGGGUAUUGAAGUUGAAGAUGGUGGGCAGUAUUGAGGUGAUGACUCGCAAUUCGCACUCGAAUGGGACUAUUAGUAGCUACAAUGGCUUGGAAGAAAAGCUUGAUGAAUUUCGACGAGUUCUAGGUAAGGCUGAUGGUGAUCUGCUGAAAAUUGUUGGUGUUGGAGCAGGUGCAUGGGGCAGUGUCUUUGCAGCUUUGCUCCAAGAUAGUUAUGGUCAAUUCCGGGAUAAGGUACAAAUCAGAAUAUGGAGGAGGCCCGGAAGAGCUGUUGAUAGAGCUACUGCAGAACAUUUGUUUGAAGUUAUCAAUUCGAGGGAGGAUGUGUUGAGGAGGUUGAUUAGGCGCUGCGCUUAUUUGAAGUAUGUGGAAGCAAGAUUGGGGGAUCGGACACUGUAUGCAGAUGAAAUUUUGAAGGACGGAUUCUGCCUGAACAUGAUUGAUACACCUCUUUGUCCCUUAAAAGUUGUGACUAACUUGCAGGAGGCAGUUUGGGAUGCUGACAUUGUGGUCAAUGGCUUGCCUUCAACUGAAACACGCGAGAUUUUUGAAGAGAUUAGCAAGUACUGGAAAGAAAGGAUCAGCUCACCUGUUAUCAUCUCCUUGUCAAAGGGUAUAGAGGCUGCCUUGGACCCUGUUCCCCAUAUAAUUACUCCCACACAAAUGAUUAAUUGGGCAACUGGAGUACCAUUAGAGAACAUUCUUUAUCUCGGUGGACCAAAUAUUGCAGCAGAAAUUUAUAACAAGGAGUAUGCUAAUGCUCGGAUUUGUGGGGCUGGAAAGUGGAGAAAAGCAGUUGCAAAGUUUUUAAGGCAGCCACAUUUCAUUGUAUGGGACAACAGCGACCUUGUCACUCAUGAAGUUAUGGGAGGCUUGAAGAAUGUCUAUGCAAUAGGAGCUGGAAUGGUGGCAGCUUUGACCAAGGAAAGUGCUACCAGUAAAUCAGUAUAUUUUGCUCAUUGUACAUCAGAGAUGAUUUUUAUCACUCAUCUGUUGACAGAAGAACCUGAGAAGCUUGCUGGCCCUUUGCUUGCUGAUACUUACGUGACAUUGCUAAAAGGUCGUAAUGCAUGGUAUGGACAGAUGAUAGCUAAAGGGGAGCUGAGUCUUGAUAUGGGAGAUAGCAUCACAGGAAAGGGGAUGAUUCAGGGAGUAUCAGCUGUAGAAGCAUUCUAUGAACUUCUGAGUCAGUUCAGUUUAAGCGUGCAACAUCCUGAAGAAAACAAGCCUGUUGCUCCAGUCGAACUAUGCCCCAUCUUGAAGACGUUGUAUAAAAUACUUAUAAAGAGGGAACAACAGCCUUGUGGUAUUCUUCAAGCCCUGAGAGACGAAACAAUGAAUGAUCCUCGAGACCGCAUUGAGAUUGCUCAAAGCCAUGCAUUCUACAGGCCAUCACUUCUUGGGCAGGUUGAAGGCAAAACCAUCACUGCAAAGAACAACUGACAGAAUCAACCAGUCAUCAUUCUUCUGCAACGAGAUAUAUUAUUCACUUAUGCUGCAAUAAAUAGAUUUUCUGCAAUGAUCGAAAAAUAUAUGGUUGUGAACCUUCUAGACUCAAAUCAAAGUUAAGGUUGUGUACAUGGGGAGGGGAUAUUUGUGCAGUGGCAUUCAUAUUUCAUGGCCUUUAGAACAUAUGGAUUUGGUGUAGUAGUAUAUAAUUGUGCCAUUCAAAUUCAAUGUAUGAUUUUUUUUUACUUCA